CAGCAUGUUUUCUCCGGAGUUACGAUGAUCAUUGCGACUCCCUGCGAGGCUGUGACUGACCAGGGUUUACAUGUGUAGGAAGGCCAGAAGCAUGCCGGAAUUAUCAUAUUCGAGCACGAUCCAUCGAUGCAUCGUGCAGGGUGCGUGCAGGCAGCCCUAUAAGUUACCUUAUCAAACAUAUAAUGAAAAGUUACAGGGAACUAAAUCUCUACUUCUUACAACAAAUCCCCUUCGCGGCGCAGCUUCACCUUUCAUUUUACACUCUAUUUUCUGCCAACAAUCCCUUUCACUUUAUCUAGCAGAAAUUCUUCGAAUACCUUUCGUGUUUCUAUUAUCAACUCCUGUACGUUUGUUUCCUUCUCUCCGUUGACUCGAUACUGACCUCGUCUUUCUAGUAAGCAACCCACAACGAUGAGCGCCAACGGUCACAGUGUCAACCCCGGUAUCGCCCGUACGAUGACUGGUCUGCUAGAGCGUACCCGUUCACGUCGUACGUUUACCAAAGACAGCUUCACCUCCGCAACCAGCACCCCUUCACCUCCUUCGAAGCCAAAAACCCCUAAAGUCGAAGAUCUCCUCGCCGAGCAGUCCAGGCUUCAGUCGGAGCUCGAGAAAGCCGUCCAAGACUGCAAGGUUGCCGAGAAGGGCAAAGCUGAAGCUGAGCUUCGGUCGCAGGAUAGCUUACAACUGCUAGCCAAAGAGCGUCAGGCGUCACAAGAUGUGAAGGCUGAGAGGGACGAAGCGGUGAAAGACGCUGAUACCUCUAAGAACGCGUUACGUGCGGCUGAAGCACGAGCCGAGAAGGCGGAAGAAGAAAGUUGGGCCGCUAGAGAACAGAUGGAAGAGGAGUUGAGGGAAGCUCGCAGGCUGGCCGAGGAAAUGGAGGGAAAGCUUGUCCAGGCCGAGAAGGAUCUCGCCGAAGCAGAGCAAGCUAAACUCGCAGCAAUGACAGAAGUGGAAUCCAAGAGGCAAGCUCUCGAACAAGCUCUUCAGCUUACAGAUCGGUAUCGGGUCGCAGCUGAGCAGAUGGCGACUGAGAAGAGUGAGUUGGAGCAGGUUUCUCGCCAAUCCUUGGAGCGGGCGAGACAGGAAGCCCAAUCGAGUAGGGCUGCGCUUGGGGAGGUUGAACGUCGGGUUAGUGAGGAGCAGGAGGCUAGGGAGAAGGCCGAGAGGGAGCUGAGGAGACGGAAUGAGGAAGUUCCCACUCCGCAUACGCUGUUUGGCUAUGUGAUGAGUACUCUGAAGUCGAGAGAUCAUACCAAUGGCAAUUCUACCCGUGGGUCGUCAUCGUCUUCCUGGAUAUCGGGCUGUGUCAUCGCCUAGAUCUUUCAUCCUUCACUUCACACACUCCUUCCUCUGUACGCCUUGUAUCCUCUAUGCGCAUGACGACGAGCAAACGAUGCAUUUUGCCAUCAAACACAUGUAUGACCUGUUGUAUAGCUUAGUAUACCAUGCCAUCUUCAUUAUUUUCACUUACUUAUCUGCAUGUUCGUGAUGAUAUAUCCUCACGAAUCCUUCACUUAUUUAUUCUACGUGUACUUUACAAUCGUUUACAAGCUCGUUAUUGGUCUGCAAUAAUCUUGUUUGAUGUUUUCUUCGACGCACCUUAGAAAACGGUAGCCUGGUAAGCGCCCAAACUACACAACCUGUUAUAAAUACAGUCGCACAGGAG